UGCAAGAGCAAGGCGUGGUUUAGUUUAAGUCGAGACAAGUCCGUGUCACGUGACAUAGGACUUCCGGGCGGCGGUAAAUUUGGUUGUUAGCAAAAACUCGUCGGCUAGUCAGCGAGGUGAUUAAAACCAACGGAAAACGACAAUGGAUUCUGAAGAUACUGAUGUUGCUGGAGUAAAUGAUCAUCUCUCAUCAUCCAUUUCACCUAUCCAUUUACUGAGGAUGAAAGAGAUAAUGUCUAACCAGUGCUUUGACAUGAAUAUUAAGGUCAAUAUGGCAGGCAAACUGAAGUUUUCUGAAACAUUGGAUGCUGAAGCAGAUCUGGCCAGAUAUGAAAAAUCAAUCGAGGAGGCAAGAACGUCACAUUUCAACAAAACGCUGGCCCUACACCGGAUGCAGGUUUGGAAUGUCAUCAUUGAGAAACUGAUAAAGAAGAAUGCUGAGGAAGUGGCAUUGAAGGCACUUGUUGAUGAAAAUGCCGAUCUCUGUGAAAAGACCAUGAAAGUAAUAAAGGAAACUCGAGAACUUCAGGACCAAAUAACAGACAUUCAAAAGGAGAGACUUGAGCUGAAGGGUCUCAUUAAGAACAAGAUGCAGGAGAUCAAUGAGCUGAAACAAAUGGGAGAGAAUCAGGGUGAGGUGCAGAAGCGGGCCAUGGAAAGAGCAGAGGAAAUCCUGCAGAAGUACAAAAAGAUAGCUACCAUUUCUCAAAAUGUCCUUCGAGGAAUCAUCCUUGCGAGCAGGGUGAAUUGGAUCGAUGAUCCAAAACUGAGAGACAUUGCCAUGGCGCUGGAGAGCAUUCCUAACUGAGGAGGACUUUUAUAAACAAAAUACACAAUAACAUACUGCCUACUGUAUAGAUUUUUAUAUAGAUAUCUUGUAAAAUAAGUAAAAAAUAGUUUGCUUGGUGAUAAUUUUUUUGCUGAACAAACCACACAUUCCACACCUGCUGUGGAAUUUAUCAUAUGGGGGAAAAAAUGUCCAAGUCCACAUGUACAGUAACUAUUUUGUGUAUAAAUGUAAAUUUGUGCUGACAAGGAAACCCUUCUCUGUGACAACACAAGAUAUCUUAAAUAUAGGAUGCAGGUUAAUCCGAGUUAAGAAUGUAACAAACAUGACCAUUGUAUGUGUGUACAUACAUACACACUCUAUAUAUAUAUAUAUUUAUAUUUAUAUUUAUUUAUAUAUAUAUAAAUAUAUUUAUAUAUAUAUAUAUAUAAAAAAUAAAUGUAUGUGCAUGCCUUUA